CGGAAUUGUUGACUGGCGAAAGUAAAGAAAUCAUCAAGGGUGUGCUGAAAAUAGCGUACGAUACAAUCGUAUCCGGCUACUUGGAACCGUGUGAAGCUUUUCACGCGGAAUGUUUCAAGAAGAUGCGCGGUUAAUAAUCCUUUUUUUAUACUAGCUGAGGUCGUCCCACCUAUCUCAUCACCGUUUUCUAAGGAUUCAAAUCCUCUGACUUUCCCCCGAUGACUACUUUCGAGCGCCCGGCUCUCUGUAGAUCUAUCUCGUAUUCUCUCUGGGUUGGGUUUCAUUGUCGAGUGUUUUGUUGGAAGCUUUGCUCUCCUCCCGUCAGCUUUCUCAACUCCCCCUCCCCCGCCGAACCUCACAGGUUCAGCUUCUACUGCAUUUCCUGGUUUUUUUAUGCUUCCUUUUGCUACCCUUGAUGUGUGCCGUAGCCCCUGCGAAUUGCCAUCUCUCUCGCGGCGACGACUAUUGUGGCAGGAAUUUUGGUAAACUAGCUUUCGGAAGAUGGCGUAUGCUGAAAAGCACCACAACGUGCAAGGUCAAACCCUAGACUUGAAUGUGGUGGGAUGUGCCAACUUGAGCGACAAGGAGUGGUUUAGUAGACAAGAUCCCUACGUGAUUAUUGAGUACUCCGGUCAAAAAUACCGCACUCGUACCGACACAGAUGGAGGAAGGAACCCAUCGUUCAACGAAACUUUCAAAAUAUCUCUCAUCGAAGGGCUUCGUGAGGUUCAAGCCCAUGUAUGGAACAGUAAUACUCUCGAACGUGAUGAUUACAUUGGCAGCACCAAGAUCUGGCUCAACAAGGUGAUCGAUUCUGGGUACGAUGAUACUCAAUGGCCGCUGACGAACUCCAGAACACUCAAAUCUGCUGGAACGUUGAAGUUGAUUCUUCACUAUGGCGGAAGUGGGAAAAAUAAACCAGCUAAAUGUGAGCAGACCGCACAUCCGCCAGCACCUCAUGGGGUCUAUACACAACCUGGUCCUUCAUAUGGGUAUCCCACUCCACCUUACGGGGUUCCUGGUCACCAACCUCAUACUGCAUACCCUCCUGCAGGCUAUUGUGCUCCUCCACCUCCACCUUCAGCGGGUCCACAAACAUUCAUUCCUGUAUACUCAGCACCACCUCCGGUUCCUUACCCUCGACCUCAACCUCAACCGGUUGCAUACGUUGCGACUCCCCCUGCUCAGCCUCCAUAUUACCAUCCUGCUUCUGCACCUGUUCAUCCUGGUGCCCCUGCCUACCAUAAUCCUGGGUACCAAAAUCCUGCAUACCAAAACCCUGGAUACCCUCCGUCCGGGUAUCCUCCAUACAAUCCAUAUUAGGCUAGGCAGUGACACAUAGUUAAUGGUUUUGUAGUCAUGGGUGCUACAUGCCGCGUGUAUAUAGAUUAGGUUGUCCAAUUUUGAGUGGCGUGAAAGUGUAUUUCUGAGUAGCCUUGUCAAGCAAUCUCGAUUUAUUAUGUCAGGUAAAGUCUUGAAUUCUUGCCCGUGUUGCAAGUGGUAUCAUGUCAAUUUGUAGCAAGUUGCAAUGCGACGUGUGUGGAGAAUGACGAAGUGCAACUGCUCUGUAUCGUGAGUUCCUCAAGAUUGAAUAUUGGCAUCUGUAGAGUCGUAGUUAACCUUCCUCGUCACAUAUUGCCACUGUUUUUUGCAUACCGCAUGUGCCAAUAAACUCAAAAAAUUUAAUCUUUAA